AUGGCCUCAGCCUACGCGAUGCCUCCUUAUCAGAACAAUACGCACCUCCCGCCCAUCAACUACUCGCAGCUGCCACCGGCAAACCAGAACUACAUGCCCCAACAAUACCGCAAUGACUUGCCACGAUACACUUCUGCCCCGGCCACUGCGCCAGUCCCGUCACCAGCUCCAGACAAUAGAUACAAUUCCCACAUGAACCCUCAAGGCUCGAUGGGGGGGCUGUCGUCGACUUUACCUCAACCGCAUCAGUCACAACCACAACAACAACAACAACAACAGGCCCAGCAACAACCACCAUCCCAUCCGGGUUAUCAGGGGCAACAGCCAACCCGUCAGAAUUUCCCUCAGCCUCUUGCUCCGGCUCCUCCACGACCCAGCCUUGAUCCUCUGGCUCCUGCUUAUGGCCAACCCGACAAUCGUCAGCCAUCAUGGUCCGGCGCCGAAUCCAUCCCCGGCAUGCAAGCUGACGUGGGCCGUGACCCGACAAGAACACAUGUUGUAGGGUCUCAAGGAAGAAGAGGAAUUCUCCCCAGCGCUCCGGGACGUCCACCAGUCAUGCCCAACGGGGUGAAUGGCUCUCCUAAGAGCAAUGCUGUCCCCCAGAAAGAUGCCGAUGGAAAAUUUCCCUGCCCCAAUUGCACCAAGACUUAUCUCCAUGCGAAGCAUUUGAAGCGGCACAUGUUGCGACACACUGGUGAUCGACCAUACAUGUGCGUCUUGUGCAACGAUACGUUCUCCAGAAGUGAUAUCCUGAAGCGCCAUUUCCAGAAAUGCUCAGUCCGUCGUGGCAACCCGACGGGAGCGAGUCAUUUGUCCAACCCAGCUGCGCACAUUAAAAAGAAUCAACAGGCGGCGGCAAAAGCGGCCACGGCGUCCCCGGCCAGCGCCACCACACCCUCCAGCGCAGUCAUGGCCAAUCCUCCGUUCACCACCGCCGCAAUGCCCAGUACCUCUGCACCCACCACAAGCGCUCCUGCUCCUGGUAUGGCUUAUGCCAUGCAAUCCAACGGCCAAGGAGAUAUGCAGCGUCAGGGACAGCAGAUGCAACCCGGUUCUGGUCCCGGGGGGAUGGACCCCAAUGCGAGCAACUCGUGGUCCAUGCAUAACCCCAGAAACAGUCAGAUGAUGUAUCAUUCGACUUCCACACCUCCCGAUCACUUUGGCAUGCAGCCCGGCGGAGGGGACGAUAAGCGGAAUGUCAUGCCCGGUCCUCACCACAUGGGGGGAGAUGAGUGGAACCACAUGUUCCAGCCUGGUGGAAACGAGGGAUACAUGAAUCCGAUGUUUGGGGGCUACGACCAGUCGCAGAGUGAUGUCAAAAAAGACUUUGAAACUCAAGGUGGAUCGAAUGGUUACUACAUUCCCUCUACGAGCCUUGGAGCUGAUGGUACGCUUGGACCCCCUCUCUGGAAUCUGCAUGCGUCUCAGCAAGAUUUGUUCCAAGACAAGGUGAACGCACUAUUAACGUUUGUUUUCCCCGGGGGAAUACAGGAAUCGCUCCAAGAGCAACAAAAUAAUCUUCACAUCCGAUCCUGCCUGACCGUCGAAGCGAUCCAGCAUUUUCUCGAUCUUUUCCCGAACUUCCAAGGUCAUUUCCCGUGGCUUCAUAUACCGACUUUCAACCUCCUGACCGCCUAUGACGGCCUCGUUCUGGUCAUCAUUUGCAGUGGAGCGGUUUACUCCGACCGUGUUUCUCAAAAUCAAGUCCGAGCUCUAAUGCAACUCGUCAAAAAUGGCAUCGAACGUACUUCAUGCAUCCUCCAAAACAUGGAGGUAGGAACUUCAAGAACACAGUUUUCGCUGUCAGGCAAGGAGUUUGAAGAGCUCCUUGCCCUCCAGAUCCUCCAAAGCCUGUUCGUCUGGCAUGGUGGCCCGGAAGAAAGAGCUCUUGCACGCGCUGAAAGCCGAAGGGUGUUGUAUCUGGUUCGACAAUUUGACAUGUUGACUCUGGCCGGUCCUAUGGACCGUUUUUCCUACAGCUAUCUUCACAGUCUUCAACCCGGCGAGGAAGCUGAUCCGUCUCAAUGGGAGUGGCGGUCUUGGGUGGAGCAAGAAAAAAGAUCCCGGCUGAUGUUCAUGGUAUUCUUAUGGGACGCCGCCAUGUGCAUCUACUUCAACGUGCCGCCACAGUUUUCGUCGGCGGAGAUCAAACUACCUCUGCCUUGUGAUGACGCCGCCUGGGAAGCGCCAGAUGCAGAGACUUGUGCUCAAGCUCUGGGCCUUCGAGGACAAGCCGCCCAGUCGAGGAUUAAUUCCAGCGGAUCUCUCCGACUUAAACAAUUGGAGAUGCACCAUGCCAUGAGUGCUUUGCACAGUACGACGGUCCUCAUGCAACCUCGAACCACCAACGUCUACUCCAAGUUCAUUCUUAUCCACGCCAUUCACGUGGAGAUAUGGCAAAUACAACGUCAACGAUCCUACAGUCUAACAACAAGCCCCAACACUCCUGACCAGACAAAUAAUAUGUACAAAUCAAUCAAUACGGCACUGGCUCGAUGGAAACAAGCCUGGGAUGAAGACUAUUUGCUGCAGUAUCCACCGAGCGAUGGCUACCACUCGGGCCCGAAACGUGUCGGCUUCUGUCGGGAUGGAGUUCAUUUCUACUGGCUUGCUCGCGCUUUUAUGCAGACCAACCGAAUUCAUGAUUGGCAAUUACCGGCAGACCAACGAUUGCAGCAAACCCUACAUGGGUUGAAAAGGGCGCGGGAAUGGAGCCGAACUGACGGUGCCAAACGAGGGGAAGAACCCGGUAGCGUGGCCUACAUUGACGAUAACUACGCGUCCGAAACAUUGGAACUGGACAUGAGAAAACUGUUUCGACCUUUGCAAACCGUGUCCGAAAGCCCAAGCCCAGCCGUUCAGACAUAUUUAACUGGCUUCCGGUGA